AUGCUCUUCAACUCAAUUGCAGGGUUCGAAGAAAUCAGAGCAGAGGAAAAGUCCAAGCGUGUGGGCCAAGUGUUCAGCAGUGUCGCCUCAUCCUAUGACACCAUGAACGACUUAAUGAGUGGAGGCCUGCACCGUCUGUGGAAAGACAGGUUGGUGACUCGCUUGCAGCCAUUCGCUGGGAUGCAGCACCUGGACGUGGCAGGAGGCACUGGGGACGUGGCCUUCAGGGUGCUAGGGGCCAUGGGAGAGGAGCAGGCCAGGGAGCAAGAGGAUAGCGAUGCACCCAACCCGGUGCCCCUGGGCCAAGUGCAUGUGUGCGACAUCAACCCUGACAUGCUCCAGGCAGGCCAACGGAAAGCUCUGCAGCAGCACAUAGGGGAGGGUGGCGGCCUCAGCUGGGUAGUGGGGGAUGCAGAACAGCUGCCCUUCCAAGAUAACAGCAUGGACGCUUACACGAUUGCAUUUGGCAUUCGAAACGUCACCAACAUCGAUGCUGCCUUGGACGAGGCCUUUCGGGUGCUGAAGAAGGGUGGCGCUUUCCACUGCCUGGAAUUCUCUCAACUGGCCCUGCCUGGUCUAAGGGAGUUGUAUGACGCCUACUCUUUCAGGGUCAUCCCCCAAAUUGGCAGGGUGGUGGCGAACGAUGAGGCGAGCUACCAGUACCUUGUGGAAAGCAUCCGCAGAUUCCCAGAUCAGAAGACUUUUGCCAGCCUCAUACGCGAGGCACAGUUCUCUGGGGUGUCUUAUGAGAACCUGAGCGGAGGCAUAUGUGCCAUUCACAGCGGCUUCAAGAUUUGA